AUGGGCGUCGGGAGCUCAGCGGGCCGGCCGAAUGGGAGUCCGCGGAGCGAGCGGGGGACCGGAGGACGCCAGGGUUCCGCCGCGGUGUCGUGCUGGAUCCGCCUCUGCGUCUCUUCCUCCUCCGCCCGCGCCAAGGUCGACACCGCCGCCGCGACCGCCCGUGCUGUCUCCGAAACUAGAGGAAAGAAUAAUGGUAUCCAGAACCAACAUGUUCAACAGAUAGCUCCUGCUUCGACAUUGCCUAGCAACUCUGAAAAUAUUUCACCCCCAUCUAUAGUUGCAGAUGGGCUGACGGUAUCAUUCCAAUUGCGGAAGUUUACUUUCAAUGAAUUGAGGAUCGCCACCAGAAACUUCCGUCCUGAGAGUCUUCUUGGUGAGGGAGGGUUUGGCCGUGUCUACAAAGGUUGGAUUGGAGAGAACAGAACUGCUCCUGGGAGGCCCGGCACAGGGUUAACUGUUGCUGUCAAGACUCUCAAUCGUGAUGGGCAGCAAGGGCACAAAGAGUGGGUGGCAGAGGUCAACUUUCUAGGAAAUCUGAAACAUCCGAACCUGGUGAAAUUGAUUGGUUAUUGUCUUGAGGAUAACCAGAGGCAGUUAGUAUAUGAAUUUAUGCCCCGUGGAAGUUUAGAGCACCAUCUCUUCAGGAAGUCAGUGCCACUUCCAUGGUCCACUCGAAUGAAAAUUGCACUGGGCGCAGCAAGGGGCCUUGCCUUUCUUCACGAAGAAGCUGAAAGACCUGUGAUCUAUCGGGAUUUCAAAACUUCCAAUGUUCUACUUGACACAGACUACAAUGCGAAACUUUCUGAUUUUGGGCUUGCUCGAGAUGGUCCCAUAGGUGAUAUGACCCACGUGUCAACGCGAGUCAUGGGAACCUAUGGGUAUGCUGCGCCUGAAUAUGUUAUGACAGGUCACUUGACUUCCAAGAGCGACGUGUACAGCUUUGGGGUGGUGCUGCUGGAGCUCAUGACAGGCAGGCGAUCGAUGGACAAGAACCGACCAGCAGGGGAGCACAACCUUGUGGAAUGGGCUCGGCCCCAUCUGAAACAGAGACAAGGAUUCCAAAGCCUGAUGGACCCUAAACUUGGUGGGAACAUCUCCCUGAAAGGCGCUUACAAGGUGACCCAGCUGGCCCGCGCCUGUCUCGCCCGGGAUCCCAAGGCCAGGCCUCUGAUGAGCCAGGUCGUGGAGAUCCUCAAGCCUCUCCCUGACCUCAAAGACAUGGUGGCAUCUUCACCCGGCCUGUACCUGUCCUUGCAAGCAGAGCAGAUUGCAAGGCUUGGCUACCCGAGUGGCAGCCGGAGCAUGAGCCAGCACAGCAGCUUUGCAACUCGGAACGGACAGCAGCAGGUGAGGAGCCUCUCCCAUGGCCGCCACGGCCAUGGUUCUCCUUCUCCGUAUCUGCAGUCGCCGAUGCCGAGGACCAAUGGCAAGUAG